UUCUCUCAUAAGUAACAAAUAUGGCAGACGAGUUGGAUGUUGUGGACAUUGAGGGAGAUGAACGUGAUGAAAGUGUCGGUGACCUGAGCAGUGCUGAGAUACUCCAGGAUCAAUAUUUACAGUCUGCAUGGAAGACUAACAGCAGUAUACUGCCCUGGACGCUGGACAGCUCCAUCAGCGAUGAAAACAGGGAGGCCAUUGAGAGCAUGCUGCUUGAAGAACAGUAUUAUUUUGCUAGUGAAAAAGCACCAAAGGUAGCAUGGAACAAUGAGAAGACUACAGUCCAAAAGUCAUUGGUGAAGAGUUCUGGAGGAUCAACUCGUUGGGCUGAAGAGGAGAAGGAUCUCUUUGAGAAAGGACUGGCUGAAUUUGGCCACAGGUGGACCAAAAUUGCCAAACUAAUCGGUACUAGGACGGUUCUACAGGUGAAGAGCUAUGCUAAGCAGUACUUCAAAAAUAAGGCUAAAACAGACAUACCUGACGAAGUGUCCAUCAGGAAAGCUGCUCCAAGCCCAACGUUGCCCUCUACAGCUGUAAUCCCCACAGUGCAGCCUGAAAUUUCAUCGCUUACCAAUGCUGUGCGCAUCGAGCGACUCUCUGAUGAUGAGGAUGUUGACAUCACUGAUGAUUCCAGCAACGAUGGGGCUCAGGCGGAAACCCAGUCAGAUACACACAAAGACUUGCCGAAUUGUGAGCUCCAGGAAGAAAAUAGUCCAGUGUCACCCCCGACAGAACUUUUAAACCCUCUGUCACAAUCCGAAACCACAGCUUCAGACGGACCCACUGAUUCAGACACAAACAGAAAUGCUGACAUGUCUCAAAUUAGGAUAAAUUCAGAACCAGAAGAGGAAAGUGUAAACAGCUUAUCUAAGACAGGAAGUCCAGAGAAACACAGCCUUUCUGGAGAGGAAAGCAGUGAUAGAGCAGAUAUGAUGGAAUUGUGUGAGUGUGCAGAGGAGGAAGUAGAGGAAGACCAGGAAGAUGAAGAGGAGCUCAGACCUCCUGAUCAGGAGGUCACUUUAGAUUUCAACUCAAUUACAGAAGAGGAGAAGCAAGCCAUCUCAGAGUUUUUCGAGGGCCGUCCUUCCAAAACCCCGGAGAGAUAUUUAAAAAUUCGCAAUUACAUCCUGGACCAGUGGCUGAAAAGUAAACCCAAAUACCUGAAUAAGACAUCGGUUCGUCCAGGCUUGAAAAACUGUGGUGACGUAAACUGUAUUGGUCGAAUACACACUUACCUGGAGCUCAUUGGAGCUAUCAACUUCAACUGUGAUCAGGCGAUCUACAACCGCCCGCGAGUGGUUGAUCGUUCACGAUUUAAGGAAAGCAAAGACAGCCUGGAGGCUUAUCAUCUUGCCCAGAGACUGCAGUCUAUGCGUACGAGGAAGCGCCGAAUUCGGGACACGUGGGGAAAUUGGUGUGAUGCCAAGGAUCUUGAGGGCCAGACGUAUGAGCAUCUGAGCGCAGAGGAGCUGGCUCUCAGAAGAGAGGAAAUGAAGAAAAAAGGACCGAAACCAUCUAAACUCUUUAAACAAAAAGGCUCCUUUGAUCCAUUCCAGCUCAUUCCAUGCAAGCCUUUUGGAGAGGACAUACAGGAACCGUACAGCGUGCUCCUUGGUGCUGAGGCUCUUGUGAUCAUGGAUAUUCAUGCUCAUGUAUCUAUGGGAGAGGUGAUUGGCCUUUUAGGAGGAACGUACGAAGAGGACAAGAAGAUUUUAAAGAUCUGUGCAGCAGAACCUUGUAACAGCCUGAGCACCGGUCUGCAGUGUGAGAUGGAUCCCGUCUCUCAAACUCAGGCAUCCGAGCUGCUCGGGAUCAAAGGCCAUAGUGUUGUGGGCUGGUACCAUUCUCACCCGGCCUUUGACCCAAACCCCUCCCUCAGAGACAUUGACACUCAAGCCAAAUACCAGAGCUAUUUCUCUCGAGGUGGUGCUCCAUUUAUUGGGAUGAUUGUCAGCCCGUAUAACCCCACAAACUCCUCCCCCCUCUCUCAGAGCACCUGUUUGAUGGUACAGGAGGAGGUUGGACCCUCUGGACCUCAGAAACUUCCAUACCAGUUUAACAUUCAGUACUUAUCCGAUCUUCCUGAUUGGUCAGAGGUGAUGAGAAGGACAGAAUGGGUGGUGUUCAAGUACAGACACUGUCAUGGGAGUGUACCAAUGGACAGGCUUUUUCGCAGAGAUUCUUCUCUCACUUGCCUGGAAAAGAUGCUUGCAUCAGUCCGGACAAUUUUGGAGCGGGUCUCAGAGGUUGACAUGGAGACUUGGCUGGUCCAGUUACAGACGUUGUUUGAAACGCAUUUUCUUCCUGACACUGGCUCCUCCACCGCUCGUGAUCCAAUAGCACAGCAGCAUUUACUGUCAUUCUCCUCUGAGCCAAUCAACAGCAACCUUGUAACAGAUGAGAUGUGUGUUACGGAAGAGGAGCACACAAUUGACUCUGACAGCCAAGAUGAAGUGUACACUACAGGAACCGUCUACCAUAUUAUAAGUUGUAAUGAGGAAGAGGAUGCAACUUUUACACAGACUCUCAGUCCAAAAUAGUCCAUUGGACCUGGCUAAUUUCGUUGACAGUGCCAAGUAACACAGUUAGAAAUAUGCUGUUAUAUUAAUAGAAAUAUGUUGUUGUAGAGCAUAAUAAAGUGUUAUGUAUACAAUGUACAAAACUGAUAUUAAAAAAUACAUUGCUAAUAGUGUUACAUUUUUAUACUAUGAUAUAAGCUGUCCAUUAAAGUGUUACAUAGUUUUUAAUGAAAUUUGAGAAAUAACAUUUAAUGAGAUUAAACAAUACAAGUUUAUAAAUAAUU